CGAUUUUCGGUCGUAUCGAAUCUCAGACGCCACUUCCGCUCCUGCGAAGGCGUCAAGAGCCGCAAUCGACCCGGGAAUCCUUCCAACAGGACAUCCGAUAGUCCAGGAGCCACCAUCGCACUCCUCCCAUCGUUCGAAAUCGACAUGCCCGGUGAAGAACCCACAUCGUUCAACGACACCGCAGGAGGUGGUGGGAGCCCUCAGCAGCGUAGGGACGUACCUACUCAGCACGUAUUUCAAGCUGUUAUCAGGGAUCCCAGUUCUCUAAGCCCUCAACGACCACCUCACACGCAAUAUCCGCCCUCACUUGCUCGCUUCUCAAACGUCGCUUCGCUUACGUCUUCAUGGGUCAUCGCUAAAGAAGGACCAUUGCCAUAUAUACCCAUUACGAUGCCACUCCCGCCAGUUUGUCCGUCCAGCAGGAGUUUCAUGAGUCCAAGUCCAAAUUUGGGCAUGCCAUUACACGAUUUACAACGAGUUGGUGAUCGUGAUGGUGAGAUGGACGUCUUUCAAGGAGGUGGCUUCGGAACUCUCGGGGGAGUUGGAGGAGGAGGAAUGGGAGGAGUGGGGGUUUCAGGAGGAGGAGCGUCUUCCUCAUCUCCGUGUACAUCAACACUCCCAUUAACACUCACGCACUCGCCCCCUCUGCAGGUACAUGCUGAGGAAAGGGACUCUUAUGACACGACGACUCCCGUUCAUCCUUAUCAUCCCGCAUGUUGGAAAGGAAAGCUUCCAGGACCUGGACUGAUGGAAGUCGAUAGAAUCUUGGAAGAAGUUGCUCCCGGCUACAGGAAGUCUUGAAAUGGAGUUGGCAGGGGGAAAAUACAUAUACGAUUUUCGCCCUUUUCUUUUUUACUUUUCUUUUCUUUUCUUGGAUGAGGAUUCUGGGACUCCUUGCCCAUUCCCCUUGUAUGAAACGUUCUGCUUUCAAAUCUCUCUCCUGCCUUGUUUCUUUGCCUUUGCUCGUUCACAUCGAUAACCUUUGCUCUGCCACGAUACACAUUCGAUAUUACCAUGGGAUACCUUGCCACGCCAUGGACACUUUGAUCUUUGAUCGAAUCCACCUCCACUUGUAAAGGAUUGAUCAUCAUGUUGUUGUUGUUUGUUCAUAUGCUGUGUUGUUCAUCACUCUCAUAUGCAUGCCGGUCAUUCACACAUAUGCAGUGGUUCUAGUCCAAUUAAUGUAUUGCUCCGACCAUUUA